AUGACUGCUUCCAAUCUUAUCUUCACUGCCAAGUAUGGUUCCAAGGUGUAUACUUCAGCUGUCAAGACCAGAGUUUCCAACGCUUUGCUCGUAGGUGAGAUUAUUGGUCAAAUUGGUAUUGGUUUGACUUGUGACUGGAUGGGAAGAAAGGCUGCUAUUAUUCUCACUACUUUGAUGCUUGUUGUUGGUGGUAUUUUAGGUACUGCUGCCCAUGGUACUACUACCCAAGGUAUGUUCUGGAUGCUUACUGUUGCCAGAGGUAUUGUAGGUGUUGGUUCUGGUGGUGAAUAUCCUGCUUCCUCCGUCUCUGCAUCUGAAGCUUCGAAUCAACAAGUCAAGAGAAGAGGUGCUACUUUCGUCAUGGUCACCAAUUUCCCGUUGUCAUUUGGUGGUCCCUUCUGUUUGAUUAUUUUCUUGAUUGUUUGGUCCGCUGCUGGUGGUGAAGCUCAUCUCAGUACCAUUUGGAGAGUUUGUUUCGGUAUUGGUUGUAUUUGGCCUCUCAGUGUCUUCUACUUCCGUCUUAGAAUGACCACAUCUGAACUUUACAAGAAGGGUGCUAUGAAGAAGAAGGUCCCCUACUUGUUGGUCCUCAAAUACUACUGGCCUCGUCUUAUCGGUACUUGUGGUGCUUGGUUCUUUUAUGACUUCGUCACUUUCCCCAAUGGUAUCUUCUCCGGUACCAUUAUUGCCAAUGUCACCGAGUCCACUGACAUCAAGAGAACCAUCGAAUGGACUUUGCUCUUGGGAAUCAUCGCCCUUCCUGGUGUCUUUGUUGGUGCUUACUUGUGUGAAAAGAUCGGUAGAAAGUACACUGCUAUGAUUGGUUUUGCUGGAUACCUUGUUUUCGGUCUUGUUAUCGGAUGUGCCUUUGAGAAGAUCUCUAAGAUCACCGCUCUUUUCAUAGUCUUCUACGGAUUGAUGAACAGUUUCGGUAACUUGGGUCCUGGUGAUAUGAUGGGACUUGUCUCAAGUGAGAGUUAUGCCACUGGUGUUCGUGGUACUUGUUAUGGACUUUCCGCUGCCGUUGGUAAAGCUGGUGCCGCUAUUGGUACUGAGGUUUUCACCCCUAUUCAGACUAAUUUGGGUCAAAAGUGGACUUUCAUCAUUGCCGCCAUUAUUGGUUUAUGCGGUAUUGUCAUUGUAUACUUCUUCAUUCCUCAUCUUAACGAUGAGGAUCUUGGUGCUGAGGACCGUCGUUUUGCUGCUUAUCUUAGGUCUCAAGGAUGGGAUGGUCAAAUUGGUGAAGAUGACUCUGUUAUCGAGCAAGAAAUUGCUGUUGGUGAUGGUCACGACACUAAAUAA